UAACCGGAACCGGAAGUGCCUCUGCUGCUGCUGACGUUGUCGCUGUAUUGAAGUGACGAUGAUGGCGUCCACAGAUCAGUCCCUGCUGGACCUCACAGAGAGAGAAACCCGGGAGAAGCUGUCGUUAUGGGACCGCCGCACCGACGCCACGGCUCCCCUCACGGAGAGACAGAUGGACGUUGUCCUGGAGAUCAGAGCCGCGGCGGAGACGCUGUCUGUCCCGUCAGAGCUGCCCAUUGAGGACUUGUGCAGCAUGUCGUCUCGGUCCUUGCAGUCUCCCUUCACAGCCACUGUGCCUGCGUCCACAGAGGACGUCCUGCUGAAGGGUUUCCAGAUGCUGGACAUGGAGAAUGACAGGAUAGAAACUGCACAACAGUUUUUUGCCUGGUUUGCCAAGUUACAGGCAAACAUGGACCAGGAUGAGAACGCAAAAUACAGGAAAACCCGAGAUGAUCUAAACUGCUACCAGGUACAAUGCGAUGCUAUCCUGAAAGAUGUCAGCGCCGCUCUGGAGCACUUGGACUCCCUUCAGAAACAGUAUCUGUUUGUGUCCAAUAAAACGGGCACCCUACACGAGGCCUGCGAACAGCUCCUAAAAGAGCAGUCGGAGCUCGUUGACCUGGCAGAGAGCAUACAGCAGAAACUGUCAUAUUUUAAUGAGUUAGAAAACAUCAACACGAAACUGAACUCGCCAACCUUGUCUGUAAACAGUGAAGGCUUUAUACCAAUGCUGUCAAAACUGGAUGACUGCGUUGAAUAUGUUUCUUCACACCCCAGUUUCAAGGACUAUCCGGUUUAUUUGGCCAAGUUCAGACAGUGUCUUUCUAAAGCUAUGCACUUCAUGAAGAUCCACAUUGUAAACACUAUGCAGAAUCUCACCAGCCAGUUAACAAAGAGGGAUCCAAUGGGCUUGACCAACGCAGAUAAUGCCUUCACACUUUACUAUGUCAAGUACAGAGCAGCUGCGCCUAAAGUUAGAUCACUGAUUGAACAGAUAGAGCAGCGAGCAGAGAAGAUUCCAGAAUACCAUCAGCUCCUGGAUGAAAUCCAUCAGUGCUACCAUGACCAGAGAGAGCUGCUCCUCAGUCCCAGCAUUACAUCCACCAUUAAUGACCUGACCAACCAAAACAGCAAAGACCACUGUGCUCUGGUCCGCAGUGGCUGUGCCUUCAUGGUUCACGUCUGCCAGGAUGAACACCAACUGUACAAUGAGUUCUUCUCCAAACCUACACCUAAACUAGACGAGCUGCUAGAGAAGUUGUGUUGUUCCCUGUAUGAUGUCCUCCGGCCUCUAAUCAUCCACAUCAUCCACCUGGAGACCCUGUCUGAGCUCUGCAGCAUCCUCAAGAACGAGAUGCUGGAAGACCAUGUUCAUAAUAACGCCACUCAGUUGGGGGCCUUUGACGCAGUCGUGAAGCAGAUGCUGGAGGACGUCCAGGAGAGGCUCGUCUACAGGACUCACAUUUACAUCCAGACCGAUAUCACAGGCUACAAGCCAGCUCCGGGGGAUCUGGCCUAUCCUGACAAACUGGAGAUGAUGGAGAGAAUUGCUCAGAGCUUGAAGGAGGAGCAGAUGAAGCAGAUGUCACAAGAGUCCUCGUUCUCGGAUGUUCAGCUUGAGGAUCCCGAUGGUAGAAGAAACAGCAACGCAGGGAACGUAGAAGCAUCACGCCUACAGCCAUCCAUCUCUCCUGCUGAUCUGCACGGCAUGUGGUACCCCACCGUCAGACGAACGCUGGUCUGUCUGUCUAAGCUCUACAGAUGUAUAGAUAGAGCAGUCUUCCAGGGUUUAUCUCAAGAAGCCUUAUCUGCCUGCAUCCAGUCCCUGCUUAAAGCUUCAGAUAUCAUCCUUAAAAACAAGACGCAAAUAGAUGGGCAACUUUUCCUGAUCAAGCACCUGCUGAUAGUGCGUGAACAGAUUGCCCCAUUUCACACCGAUUUUGCCAUCAAGGAAAUCUCACUGGACCUGAAGAAAACGCGAGAUGCUGCCUUCAAAAUCCUGAACCCUAAGGCUGUUCCCAAAUUCUUCCGACUUAACAGUCACAACGCCAUACUUGAAUUCCUGUUGGAGGGAACACCAGAGAUAAAGGAGCACUACAUCGACUCUAAGAAGGAUGUGGACCGGCACCUGAAGUUCAGUUGCGAGCAGUUCAUCCAGCAGCAGACUCAGAUCUUUGUGGGGAACCUUGAGGAGUUUCUCACCAAGGUCGCAGCUCUGAAAACUAUGGCUAUCCAAGGUGGUCCCACGUACAGUCUGUCUCAGCAACCUUGGGCUCAGCCAGCCAAGAUCAACGAUAUAGUGAUGGCUACCUACCGAGUGAUGAAGAGCAAGCUGCCAAGCACUUUACAGAGCAUGUCCUUGUACUUAGCCAAUAGAGACACGGAGUUCAUCCUUUUCAAGCCUGUCCGGAAUAACAUCCAGCAGGUAUUCCAAAGACUGCACGCCUUGCUUCAGGAGGAAUACAGCGGAGAGGACCUUCAAAUCGUUGCAUGUCCAUCGAUGGAGCAGAUUAACCUACUGCUGUCUGUGAAUAAGUAAUGUCCCAAGUUCGGUGUGGCAGUGCUGGUGAAACACCCUCUGGAUAGCAAUGGGAUAUUGCAACUCCAACCGGGAGCUGUGAGGCUGAGAAUGCGAGAUGACCACAGAAGCUCCAUCUGAGGGAGGGAGGGAGCGCUGAACUGACGGCGGAGAGAGAAAAAAAAAAAAUCCUGCACAAGGCCAAAGACUCUCCGACGGAGGCUCAAGUAGCUACAAGUAUGUUGAGGUUCAGGUAUUCACCUUGAAGUCCAUAACAAACUGGGAAGCGGAGGGUGUUAUUUUGGGUACUGAGUUGAUGAUUUUGACUUAAAUCGAAGGCGGUGUUGUGGUUAGGGUUGUUUUCAUGUAGGAGAAAUCCAUUUUGACAAGGGUGGAUUUGUGAUCACAGUUGCAUCUCUCUUAACACCAAAUUGUUUUUGAAUAAAAAUAAUUUGCACACUAAUGCGAGGGUGGGUGGGGGAGGGGUGAGUUGUAUUAAGAGUGUUCAGAUAAGGACACUUUGGGUGUGCGAACAGAGGCACUAAAGGGUCAAGCCAGGUAGCUAAUGGCCAGUAAGAGGGCUUGCAUUGAGAUUCCCUCAAUGGGUUUGGAAGGAUAACAAGAGAAAAAUGCUGCAAAAAAUGUUAUUGCUCUAUUUUAAACAGCCUUUAUAACAUUCAGUAGCACUCUACGGUGGCCUGACGUGCUCCAGGACACUCAGGUCCAACAGGUUUAAACCCUCUGAUCAUAGCAAAAUCAACUCAGCUGUUCUUCUUCUUGUUAAUGUUUUUGUUAUUCUGUUUGCAAAUAUGUAAAAAAAUACGAUGAAAUCUUAUGUUUUAUACUUUUUUCCUUUUAUACAUACAACUAAUAUGCUUUUACUCUGGCAAAAAAUAAUGGACCGUUGACCUUGGGCAGUUUUGCACUGUAUGCUGUAGGAUUUCUGGGUUUCCUAGUGGUCUUCGCCGAGUUAACAAAAGUUAAACAGGACACUGGCAACGUGACAUUUGCUUUGGUGUGUCCCAUGUAAAAAAAUGAUGUGUACAGGUAUACUAUUUAUGAGCAUUCUGAUUAAAACAACAAAAGAUGA